AUGGCCCCCGAGGCACGACAGCAUCCACGGCACCCCGUGGAGAAACGACCGCUGAAAUACCAGGCUUUGGAUGUGACCCUGGAUGAAGAGGAGGAUGUUGAACGCCAGCCAGCCCCGCGACCUGGUAUCGGACCAGUGCAUCAUGUUCACUCCGCAGCCCCGCAGGCCACCAUGGCCGGCACAACGACGUUGUCGACCGGUCCCACUGUGGAGAAGCAUCAGACACCACGUGAUGAGCACCAGAUGCGCGCUAGCACACGGGCACGGCAUCAACGACCUGCCAUCUUGACAACAGCACGAGUUAUGGAUAAAUUGGACAGCAAUCGCCAGGCCUCCCAGCACGCGCCCCGCGCCGAGCUACGCUCCCGACUCCCCGCCCACCAGAUUCGCCGUCAAGCUAGCAAGGCGCUCAAUGUGGCCCCCGAGGCCCGUGUCUUUGGUCGACUGCACCCCGUUGACAACAAAACCCCUUCAAAUGCAACUUCCUUCGCCUCCUCCCAGACCUCCACCGCUGGUCGCUCAAAAUCCUUGCGAGGCGUAAAGAGUCGUCAUCGACAUCACCCCGACGACGAUGCCAUUGCACGGCUUUACGAUCCAAGCUUGCUGCCAAAUCGCCUCGAGCUCGAUGAGGAUCCUCUGCCCACACAAGGAUCGCUGCUUGACCUGCACAUUGACCCUGUUGCCCGCGUUAUGGAUAUGCGGCGCCAGCGUCCGUCUGUUCUUCUGCAUGAUCUGACAAACAAGCAUGAAACGAAUGCCAACCUUCAGUCCCUAUGGAUUGUGGGGGGCCGGCCCUCGCUGCGCGAGCUCUUCAACUCGUUUCUUGGUCACAGACCAAGCCAUCAUCUAGUUUGCUCGCACUACACUCAUAUAAUCGAGGCGCGACUGCCCAGCAUACUGCAUUCCCUCACAACUGACGCCAUUGGGGCGUUGCGUGGGCCUGUCAUAGCCAAACCUUGA